AAAUCUAUGGCGGAUUACCUUUAAAAACAUGGGGAGAGACAGACCAGUCCUCAUAAAAGGGAACUAUCUUCUAUUCAAUUAUUUUUUCUUCUCUCGAGAAACAAGCACUCUGUAUCUUGUACCUAUCGCUUUGCCUUCAAGGGUACUCUCUCUUUUGUUUAUUUUCUUACUUCAAGCGAUACCGUGCACUCUUCUUCGACAUUAAACUAUCAAGAAUCUAUCUUUGUCCACACACAUGGCUUCGCUUACCCCGAUUUCUCAGUCUCAAUAUGUUUUUAGGAAAGCUCACCUGAAACCAUUACAAGCCCCGAUUGCUAAUUUUGGCUCCGAUUUCAUACCCAAUAGUAUUUCUCUUCAGUUUCGAUUAGCCACUUGUUCCAGGAUGAUCAAAUCGCCCUUAAAGGCCACUGUUGUGUCUGCCACCACGGCAGAGAAGCCGAAGCGGCGUUACCCAGGAGAGGCGAAGGGGUUUGUGGAGGAGAUGAGGUUUGUGGCGAUGAAAUUGCACACCAGAGACCAGGCUAAGGAGGGGGAAAAGGAAACAAAGGAGCCAGAGGAGCGGCCUGUUUCCAAAUGGGAGCCUUCCAUUGAAGGGUAUUUGAGGUUUCUUGUGGAUAGCAAGUUGGUGUAUGAUACACUUGAAGGGAUCGUCGAAAAGGCUGCUUUUCCUUUCUAUGCUGAGUUCAUAAACACUGGAUUGGAAAGAUCUGAAGCAUUGGCAAAAGAUUUGGAGUGGUUCAAAGAACAAGGCCAUGUUAUUCCCGAGCCCUCGUCUCCAGGUGUUACCUAUGCAGAAUAUCUUAUGGAAUUAUCGGAGAAGGAUCCUCAAGCAUUCAUUUGCCAUUUCUACAACAUAUAUUUUGCCCAUACUGCUGGGGGUCGAAUGAUUGGAAAGAAGGUAGCUGAGAUGAUACUGAACAAGAAGGAAUUAGAGUUCUAUAAAUGGGAUGGUGACCUUUCCCAGCUGUUGCAGAGUGUCAAGGACAAGCUGAAUAAAGUUGCCGAGAGCUGGACCCGAGAAGAGAAGAACCAUUGUUUGGAAGAAACUGAGAAAUCAUUCAAGCAUUCAGGGGACAUCCUCCGUCUAGUAUUGUCAUGAUGCCCUUUGGACCAUUGUAAGCACCGGCGCAAGCCUUGAACAUUGCUUUCCAUACUUCAAUCCUUUUCAUUUCUUUUUUUAAAAAUCUUCAAUGGGUUAUGUGAACUUGGUGAAGCUACCAAUGUCAAGCAUUAGCAGAACAAAUAUAAACAAAUUAAAUAAUUUAUAGGA